GCAGGUGGCGCUGUCGCUCUGUGGAAGCAGUGAACACGCCGUAGAGAAGAACUGCAGCCCCCUGACUAGCAGGUGUUUUCAGUAAGGAUGGAUCAGAAAAUCCCUUAUGAUGACUACCAGCUCCCGGUGGUGUUCCUGCCCUCCUAUGAGAACCCUCCAGCAUGGAUACCGCCGCAGGAGCGCGUUCAUCACCCUGACUACAACAAUGAGCUCACCCAGUUCCUGCCUCGCACCAUUGUGUUGAAGAAACCUCCAGGAGCUCAGCUGGGAUUCAACAUCCGUGGAGGGAAAGCGUCGCAGUUAGGAAUAUUCAUAUCCAAGGUUGUUCCAGACUCGGAUGCCCACAGAGCGGGGCUCCAGGAGGGAGACCAGGUUCUCUCUGUGAAUGACGUUGAUUUCCAAGAUAUUGAGCACUCAAGAGCUGUAGAGAUCCUGAAAACGGCCCGAGAAAUCCUGAUGAGAGUUCGCUUCUUCCCUUACAACUACCAGAGGCAGAAGGAGCGGACGGUGCACUAGGUGGCAGCAGAGCGAGCAGCAGAGGCUUCUCGUCACUGCGUUCCUCCCACAGACUGUGGCCUCCACUCCAUCUCUGCUUGAGGAUGACUGAUGGAUGACUAACCAUCUCAUUCCCAGUCCUCCAUGUCAGGACAGCCCAGGAUCCAUCUACAGACUGGGAGUGAAGGUUUCACGCUCGACGCCUGAGAUCCACUGCUGUACCUAAUGAUCCCUGCACACGACUGACUUCCCAUUUACAUAAUCCACAUUUGCAUUAAUUACAGAUAGGAUAUUUUCCCCACUCUUCCUCAGGCCAUAAUUAGAUGUUUGUUUGUUUGUUUUGCUGUGGACUUUCAGAUGUUGCUUUACAUUCAAAGUACAUGAUCUCUAACAGACCCAAACUGUAUAUUUCUGCAGACACUAACUCAUCUGGUACAAAGGCGGUCCAGCCUUUCAUACUGUAAAAGUAAUUUAUAGUGCACGACUUCUGUUUUAAAAUUAACACUUUUUUUAUAUGAAUGAGGAUAUUAUCCAUCAAGUUUUAACUAUUUAAAGAUAUCUUUAAAUGUGUAUGAAUUGAUUUGUGUAAAUAAAUAUACAUUUCAGAGACUACUUUUGAGGACUACUCACAAUCACUUUAUUGUUUUUACCAAGUCUUAUGUUUCAUACAUGUUUUACAAAAUGCUCCUGGACUAAACCUUGUUACUUUCUGUGUAAACUGUAUAUUUCAGGUGCCAAACUAUUUAAUAAAAGUGUGUUGAAGA